GGGGCGGAGCGCCGGGGAAGCGAAGUAGGCAGGGGCGAGGCGGCUGGGGACAGCGGGGCGGACGCGAGCGAGCAUGUCCGAUCUGACUCGGCUGGCGUCUUUCGCUCGCGUUGGAGGCCGCCUUUUCAGAAGCGGCCGCGCACGGACUGCUGGAGAUGGUGGAGUCCGUCAUGCCGGUGGUGGUGUGCACAUUGAGCCCCGGUAUAGACAGUUCCCCCAGCUGACCAGAUCCCAGGUGUUCCAGAGCGAGUUCUUCAGCGGACUCAUGUGGUUCUGGAUUCUCUGGCGCUUUUGGCAUGACUCAGAAGAGGUGCUGGGUCACUUUCCGUAUCCUGAUCCUUCCCAGUGGACAGAUGAAGAAUUAGGUAUCCCUCCUGAUGAUGAAGACUGAAGGUGUAGACUCAGCCUCACUCUGUACAAGGUCUCAUUCUGUCAUCCAGACUGGAGUGCAGCGUGAUCAUGGCUCACUGUAACCCCAACCUCCUGAGCUCAAGUGAUUCUCCCGCCUCAGCCUUCUCAGUAGCUGGGACUACUACUCUUGGCUAAUUUUUGUAUAUUUUGUAGAGAUGAGGUUUUGCCAUGUUGCCCAGGCUGAUCUCAAAUUCUUGGACUCAAGUGAUCCACCUCUUGGCUUCCCAAAGUGUUGGGAUUACAGGUGUGAGCCAGUGUACCUGGCCAACAAAUUUGUUUUAAUGACUGGACUGUAAACCCUUGAGAGAGGAAGGGUGAUUUUGCUUCUCUUGUCUACAAGGCUGUCACAUGAUCAGUGCUCAAUAAAUACUUGAAUAAUUGAAUAAAUGAAUUAUGGAUUUGAA